GCCAGUGCCCGCGAAAAACUAGAAUCCGCUCAGCCGGCAUCGAGUGCGCGUCGGCCUCUCCUCUCGGCUUCCUGCAGCUCCACGCUUCGUUCGUAUGCGCGCAGCAGCCCCCGUAAAGUGAGAGUGAGAGAGAGAGAAAGCGACCUCGUGCGUGCGCAGCUCACAGUGUAUGCAAAGUGCUCCGACUAUUCUACUUCUUCUUCUCUCGGUUUUCGUGAACUCGCGAAAAUUCGCAGAGACAGAGAGAGAGAGAGAGGAAUAAUUGUGAUACUACGAGAAAAAAAGUGCUGAUCGAAGGAAAAAUACAAUGCAUCUGCCGGAAGGACCGAUCGGUAUGGAGAACCACUUCAGCGCGAUCCACGACGCCCUGCGCGCCUGUCACGGCGAGCUGGUGCAGACUGGUAGCCCAGCCAUCCUCUGCAGUCCACUGCCCUCCCACUGGCGGUCGAACAAGUCGCUGCCCGUGGCCUUCAAAGUAGUCGCUCUCGACGAGGUGAGCGACGGCACCCUCGUCACCAUAAGCGCCGGCAACGACGAGAACUUCUGCGGUGAGCUAAGGAACUGCACCGCGGUGAUGAAGAACCAAGUGGCCAAGUUUAACGAUCUCAGAUUUGUCGGUAGGAGCGGCCGCGGAAAGUCGUUCUCCCUCACGAUACAGAUCAGCUCGGUGCCGUUCCAGGUGGCCACCUACACAAAGGCCAUCAAGGUCACCGUCGACGGACCGCGCGAGCCCAGAUCCAAGUCGAAUUACCAAUACGGACCUGGAUUCCCGGCUCUGGGACUGCUCAACCCCUGGUUGGACGCAGCCUACUUCAGUCACGCCUGGCACCUGCCGCAUCCGGCGCUCGCAAAAGGAUCAAUCGGCAUGCCGCAUACCGAUCUCUUCGGGCCGAGCUUCCCGCCGACGGUUCUGCCGACGGGCUAUCCCCUCACGGACCACAACGUCAAGUACAACAGCACGACGGCAGCGGACUUUGCCAGUUCGAUGUCCCACAAGUCCUCGUCCAUCCACUCGAUGACGCCGCCGCCCACGACGACGCCCACGGCGCCGCCGACGAGUCUCCUCCUGCCGAACAGCCCCUCGAGGACACCUCCUCGCAGUCCCAGCGACAGCGGCAGCGAGUCCGCCCCCGAGGAGGUGGUGCGCAGUGCCUUCGCGCCGAUCAGACCUAACAGUAACAACAACAACAUCCAUGUCCCGACGUCCUCCUCGUCGCCGGACAGGCUAAGCAACAACAAUAACAGCAAGAGGCCGAUCGAAGGCACGCGCUGCGAGCUUAAAGCGCCGAAAGCUCUCAUCUCGCACAGAACGAAGACGCUGGGCAAGAGGAGCCCCUCACCGACGAAGAUCCAGCCCACGACGCCCGCGGUGAAGACGGUCUGGAGGCCGUAUCCCUGUUGAGAUUGAAGUGAAAACCGACGAACGUGCAGCUACCCGGGAUGCCAAAGGCUAGUGAUCUUAUAUACGAGCUAUAUAUUACGCGCGCGACGUCUCCGCGAGCGUUGAGUUGUGGAUAAUGUAUACUCAUAGGUAUUAGGAUAUGUAUAUUGAUACUUGUGUUCUUCCUUUAUAGUUUUGUGCUCUUGUAAAUAGACGAUGUAUAUAUAUAUGUAAUCUAGGAAAAAGGGGAGGACGACGACUCUUUUGUACAUACGAGUGAGAUAGCAACUUCGUGGACAAUAAGCGAGCGUGGAAGGAAGAGAAAGUUUUAUUGUCUAUCUAUAGAUAGAGAAGAUAUAUGUGUAUAUGAAAGCGAGAGGGAGAGAGAAAGACGAGAUGUAUUAUUGUAAUUAGUUAUUUAUAAGCCGAAAGAGAUUAAUUAGAUUAAAAAACGAGCGACUAUGAGAUGCCGUACAAAGAGGUGGUAUUAUUAUUAUACACGACGCAUAUAUCGAGAUGCAACGAGAGAGUGAAGGAGGCGUAAUAAAAACGAUCUAUGUGAAACAAUUAA